AUGGCUAUGGAUGUCCUCGAGAAAUCUGGUUCGAUCCAAAAUCCUCCUCUCUUGACCCAUACUACAUCACAAUCUACCCACGUACUAUACCAAAAAAUCUACAAAUCAACACAGCCUUCACCCGGACCGCACUUGGAUGUCAAACUGGGCUCCGGCACAACGUCCGAUUUCUGUCCCUCCUGCUUGGGCAAGCGUGGUGCCUUUGAGACGGAGGGUGGCUACGACAACACGCGAGGAGAGUUCCAUGCCCCUUAUUUCUCCGCGCAAUGCCGUAGCUGUUACGGCGAAGGGAUCGCGUUCGAUCGUUGCAAGGAUUGUUUUGGCGUCGGGCAUUUGAGAUUAUAUUGUGGGAGCUGUGAGCAGGAGUUUAGGAGGCGUCGUUCUUGGGACGGCCGGGAAAAGGUUAGUGUGGAGGACAGGGAAUCGGAAAUGAAGGAGAUGAAUGACGUAGGCGGGAGGAGCGAGUCGAGUGAGAAGGCGCCUGCCCUAUGA